AACACCCUGAGCUCCGGGAAUUUCCCUGGCCCGGAGCUCUGGCUUUUUAGUAUAAAAGGGGCUGGACAGAGCCUUAGAGCUCCAGAUCCCUCAGAGCUUCCAACCAGCUCCAGCACUCCAGACUUCAGCCACACUCCAACACAGCACCAUGGCCUCAGCCUCCCGCUCCCUUCUUCGUGCAGCGCUGCUGCUGCUGCUGCUGUUUCUGGCCACCAGCCGCCAGGCCACAGGGGCGCCCGUCGCCAAUGAGCUGCGCUGUCAGUGCCUGCAGACCGUUGCAGGGAUUCACCCCAAGAGCAUUGAGAGCUUGAAGGUGACGCCUCCAGGACCCCACUGCACCCAAACCGAAGUCAUAGCCACUCUCAAGAAUGGUCGUGAAGCUUGCCUAAACCCUGAAGCCCCCAUGGUUCAGAAGCUUAUCCAAAAGAUACUAAAGAAGGGCAUCUCCAAGUGACCGAAAAAGAAGGAAGACUUCUGAUGGCGCCUGUCGGGAGAACGCUGGCUUCUGAUAACACUAGCUUAACACAUUUUACAGUUUCUUGUGAGAGUCCUAUUUAUUUAUGUAUUUAUUUAUUUCACAAAGCAUGUGCUUUUUUAUUUUGCAAUAAUAUUUAAGGAUGUGGAUGUGUUUUAUCAGCGGUAGUUCAGUUCUGAUUGUUCAGUUUAAACACAAGUUUAGAGUGUCUGAUUAAACUAAUAUUUAUGAGGAGAGCCGUUAGAUAUCGACCACUGUGAUAGCAGGGCGUGAGGUGGGGAGAUGAGAGAGUGUGAUCAGGUUUUGUGUUAGAGCGAGGAAGUGUGUGGGAGUCCACGUUUUCAUGUUUUGAAAAGAAUGUCAGUUAUUUAUUGAAAGUCAUCUUUCACAUUAUAUGACCAACAUUGACAUGUUGAAGCAUCCCUUGGACAUUUUUAUGUCUAGUUUGUAGGGCAUAAUGCCCUUUUAUAGUCUUUAACCAAUGUUUCUUCUUGUCUUGAGACCGAGAAGUUCGAAGGACUGUUACAAAUGGAAUUAAAAAAAUAAAAGUUUUAUCAAAAAAUAA